CGCUCAGCAAAGCAAGAACAGCUCCAUCUGUGUUGACCACUUCCACCUACUGCGUUGUGACCGUGCAUAUUACCUGCUUUGAGGCAGGUGACUAUAGAAGCAUAUGCGGACGGGCUCCCGCACACUCACUCUCUUCGUCGAUCGUGGGAGAAGGCUUUCAUCGGCGCCCGAGUCGAUACUCCGCAGUCCCAGCAGAUAGGAAACGGAGUCUCUACCUGGAAAAUAUAAAGUAGGACACCAUGAAGAAACUGGGCCGGCAUAAUCUACGUCUCAAAACCUGAGCGUGUCAUGAAACGCGUUUUUGCUUCUCUCUGUGGACUUAUCGUUGUGAUACUCGUCUCAACGAGGCUUGCUAAUGCGGGAUCGAUAUAUCCUGACACGGACGUAGUGAUCAUAUCCAGCAAUGAUCUGAACCCCUCGAACCCAAAUCGUGCAAGCGCACUGUAUCUAAAGAGAGGCUUCAACUGCUCGCAGGCGUACGAGGCAUGCUUUCAGCUACGGGAGACUCUGCUUCCUGCACCUGGCAGCACCGGCUUGACUGCAGUAAACCUGUCCGUGGCGCUCGUGUCCGAGAAGCAUGGUGCUGCUUUGGACGCAACUCAGCAGAUGUGGAUUGCUGGAGACGCUUCGGGAACGUGCAACGUGUUCACACCAAGUUACCAGUAUUCCGAGAUGGGGUACCAGCCGGAAGCUGCUGUCAAUCCGAACGAGCUUCUACCAGUUCUAUGCACGAAUUCCGCGCCGAUCACCCGGUCGAAUGUCACCUCUUAUGACACUUCGCGCCAGAUACAGCUAUCCACACCUUCAGCUGGCGUCUUGACUGGUUUCAGGGACAAAUUCAGCUUUCGAUUCCUGGGCAUUAAGUACGCGGAGUCAACUGCAGCUCAAGGCAGAUUCCAGCCUCCCACUGCAGUCCAAGUCGAGUCAGGAAAUGAACGAUCGGCUCUCGCUUAUGGCACAAUGUGUCCCCAGGCGCCUGACGCUGAUAACGGUCAUCUUCUUUACACCGACGAGGACUGCAUGUAUCUCAACGUGUUCUCUCCCGUUGUCAACUCCGGGACGAUACAUGACGAGAUCGCGCCCAAGCUUCCGGUCAUGUUCUUCAUUCACGGAGGGGGUCUCAACACAGGAGAUAGUGGCCCGUUUCCCUUCAACAUGACUACCAGCGGCUUUGUGGGCGACUCAAUCUCAAACAUCUACGAUGGUACCAAUCUAGUCUCGUACGGAGGGGUGGUUUUAGUCACGAUCAACUACCGCCUCACUGCAUUCGGGUGGUUCAACGCCUCCAACGCUGCCCUGAAAGAUGCCUUGCUAGCCCUGCAUUGGGUGCAAGACAACAUUGAAUCAUUUGGCGGUGAUCCAACAAAAGUACUGAUUUUUGGUGAAUCCGCGGGCGGUACAAUGACCAGAUAUCUUCUGGGAACAAAUCCGCAGUAUACAGAGGGACUCUUCAGCGCUGCCAUACUCGAAUCGGACUUCCCUCAGAAUGAUCCUUUCCUGACUCCGACACUCGCGCUGAAUAACUCUCUAAUGCUCGCAAAAUAUCUUGGAUGUGCGGUUAACUCGUCUACCUCCUUCACCGACGAGAUGGCUCUAUGCGUGCAGAACCUCUCGGCAGGCGAUAUCGCGAUGGCUUCAUACUACCUCGGCCUUUCGUGGGAUAUCACUGUCGAUGGCGACUACGUGUUGACAGAUAUAGCAUCAAGCAUCAAGGAUGGAGUCUACGCUCGUGUUCCGACGAUCUGGUCGAGCAAUGAAUGCGAGUAUUGCUACUUUCUCCCGACGAGCAUCGCCCCGAACUCUUCGUCCUCUGCGUUUCCGGACAACCUGCCUCUCUUUUUCAACAGCACCCAGGCAGAGCGUAUCCUGAACGCGACAGAUCUGUAUCCAUACCAGACUGCCCCUGCGGAGGACGGCAUCUCGGGUGCCGUCCUGACCCUCGCCCAGCUUAUUACCGAUUACGACGUCCACUGCCCAAUGGUCUAUCUCUCCUCACUGGAGACGAACACCACCAAUCCCGGUAACUCCUACAAGGUGGAGUUUGCAACCGGCCUCGGCUCUCCGCUCACUCCUAACCCCGCAACGUGUCCUGGCCAAGUAUGCCACGCAGACGAACUCUACUGGGUAUUCGCUACCGCAGAGACGGACAACCUGUACCAGCCUCUCGCUGAGGGUCAGGUGGUGACAACACGGGAGGUGAUCAAUCGGUGGACAUCGCUUGCAUGGACGGGCAAUCCGAAUUACGAAGGUGCUGUAGUGGAGUGGGCUCCGUACGUGGGCGACAAUGAGAUCGUCAUCAAUGCGACGGCGACAGAGACAUCAGAGGCAUAUAGGGUGGCGCAGUGCGACUUUAUUCAAAGCCAAUUGGGGUUGUUCUUCGGGGACCCGUGAAGCCACGCUGUAUGACAUUGGGCCAGAGCAAAGUCGUUGCGUGGAAUGCAUUGGCCAGAUCUUGCAGGUGUCAUAUUCACUGGCGAUGAGCUAAGCUAUGUAUGAUGUGCCACUUUCCAAAAAAAGCAUUGGCGUCCAGCUCAACACUCUGCAAUCGAAAUGAUGAUGUAGACUCUACGUUGUUGUACAUACGAUUCGGAUGGGAUGAAUUUAUAUUUGUCGACUUUGGCCGUCC